CGCGCAGUCGUGCCCCGACUAUGAUGCCGCGCGCGCACCUUUAACUACCGAAAUAUCAUCUCGACUCCAACGUAUAAGUGAUCGUACUAACAAGCAUGUGCGAGUGAAACUUUGAGAAAAUAAAUUAAAAAUUAUUUUUUUCAAAAUGUCUCGUCUAGUGAUAGUAUUGUUAAGUGCAUUAGUUUUAGUAAAUGCUGGUGGUGAACUACAGGGUGACAGCAGAGAGAGUGCGCGCGAAGAAAAGCUAAGGAGUGCUUUGAUUGAUGCUUUUCAGAGUAUCAAAAAGGGUUCGGCUAAGGGUGGCGUGGAUGAAGACCUAGCCUCCGAUCUGAUCGGCUCCCUUGCCAAACCUGCUCCUCCAAAUCCGAACCGAAACGAAAAAUCCACAACGGAGGAUGCUUUCGAUCUAUUCGCGGACGACGACGGACUGUCGUUCGCAGACUUCAGUGACAUUAAGACUGAAGCGAAACAAUCGACGACUGAGAAGUCGCACAAUGUGCAGCACAUUGUGAAGACUACCAGCAAACCUGCGGAGAAAACGACAUCGAAACCGAACAAGGACGUGCUGAGCAAGCUGAGCGACUCCAUCAGGAACACUGUGAACGAGUCCAGGAACGUGCUGAAGCGAGACAAUGUGACCAGCACGGAGCUGAUGGGCAUAGAGAACAUGCUGCGACUGUUUGAUGCAGACAUCUUGGUAAAGCAGUGGGCGGAGCUACAGCAGACUGUCAACGGGGACUGCCGUCUGGAGAUGCAGGAGUACGUGGAGGGACUGAUGGAGAGGAAGCUGUGGGCGCUCAAGAUGGAAGACGCGAGUGGUCGCUACACAUCGAUGUUCUACUGGGGCAACAACUACUGGACGGGGUCAGCAGAGCUGUGUGACAUCCUUAACGACCAACAUACACCCAUCAGACAACGCAACAAAACAAUUCGCUCCCAGAUCUUCAACGACUGGCGCCAAGACCUGUCGAUGGUAGGCUUCGGGCCUCCCUUCGAGACAGCCUUCUACAUCGCUAAAGUCAGCGUCACCACCAACUACACUGAGGUCGUCAAGACUCGCCGUACUCUUCACCUGGGUAUGUGCCUCCCCCGCUCAUGCUCCCGCGACGCUGUCUCCGCGAUGGUGGCCGGCGCACGCGCACCCCUGCUACGUCAUAAUGUUGUAGCCGUCAGAUCGCCUCAGCAUGGAGGAUACACAUACCUCGGCGACCCUACCUUCAGAGUGUUGCUAGCCGUAUCCUGCCUGGUCACCAUCCUGCUCAUCACAGCGACAAUUUACGACAUGAAGAUAGCCCGCGACGUGCGCAGGCGCAGACAGCGCGCUGCCAAUAUGGCGGCCAACAUCGCCAAUGGUGGUGCUCGCAGCGACCUUAAACUCGACCUCAACGGACUUGAUGACAUCACUGUUGCUAAUGGCAAGUCGAUGUACAAUGUGAACAACAACCUGCAAAUGAACAGCAACACCUCGGAGGAGCGUCUCACCGCUGAGACCCUCUCCACUGACGAACUCAAACUCAGCAUUUGGUCGGAGUUGCUUCUCUCGUUCUCCAUGAAGGCCAACGUACUUCAGAUCUUCGACCAGUCAGUCGGAGCUGACACUGUUCCUGUCGUGCACGGACUCAGGUCUCUGUCCAUGGUCUGGGUUAUAUUCGGACACACAUGCAUCGUUGUCUUCAAGUACGCCGACAACACUGCCCUGCGAGCCAUCUUGGAGAAGAGCUUCUGGUUCCAACUUAUCAUCAGCGCCGUCUACAGCGUCGACACUUUCUUCUGCCUGGGAGGUAUGUUGGUAACGUUCUUGUACUUUCGUACGAAGACGAAGGGCAAGCUGGACCUGUUAGUGAAGGGUCACAGGAAGAUCACCUCCGGAGCACUGCAGUUCUUGGGACUUAUUGGAUACAGAUUUGCAAGACUGACUGCUCCAUACCUGUUCAUCCUGGGUGUGGUGGAGGUGACGAUGAAGUGGUUCGCGCACAACGCAGUGUUCGAGCCCCCGGCGAAUGACUACGACACCUGCCCCAAGUACUGGUGGAGGAACCUGCUCUAUAUCAAUACUCUCUUCCCUGUUGAGCAGAUGUGCAUGUUGUGGAGUUGGUACCUCUCAGACGACACUCAGUUCUACGCAGUCAGCGCCAUCCUACUGAUCUUGGCCACCAGCCACUUCAAGCUCUCAGCCUCUUUAACCGGUGUCCUGUUCAUCUCUUCUCUCUUCACGACUGGUUACGUCUCCUGGAGCAACGACCACAUCCCCAACAGCGAGGAUCCCUUCACUCAGUUCGACAAAGUGUAUGAGAAGCCAUGGACCAGGCUCGGACCCUACCUCGUGGGCAUGUUCACUGGGUGGAUACUGUUCAAGACUAACUUGACUAUUAAGAUGACCAGGGUAUGGGCAUCAGUAGGCUGGUCAGUAUGUGCUGGUACACUACUAUUCCUGAUAUUCGGUCUGUACAAGACGGAGCUGGGCGUGUUGUCUGCAGCAGUGUACAGUGCACUCUCUCACUCUCUGUGGGCUGCCUGCAUCGGGUGGAUCAUCAUUGCUUGUUCUACUGGACAUGGAGGUUGGGUGCGUCCACUACUGUCUGCGCCGGUGUUGUAUCCGUUCUCCCGCGUGACGUACUGCGCGUACUUGGUACACCCUGUAGUGCUGCGCUACGUCGCCAUGCAUCUCACGCACCCUAUACAUAUGGGAGAACUCUUCGUGUUCAUCCUGUUCCUGGGUCUGACAGUGAUAUCGUAUGCUCUGGCGUUCGUGAUAUCAGUAGCCUUCGAGGCGCCCAUGGUCACCAUGCUGAAGAUAGUCUCCCCGCAGAAGAAACCGCACAGAGUAUGAACCCACCACCCUUAGUUUUACCUACAAAGACUUUUAAUUACUCCACCAGUUUUACAACUGACCUGCUACAAGGCGGAAAUAAGCUAUUACAUUGCGCAGGAGUUUAAUUGGCCAAAAUGUUUAAAUGCAUUCCGAACCUGCGCAAGAGUGGUUACAAAAUUUUUGUACAACCUAAUGGCCGCGCUGACCACGCUUCGCUACCUGAUAGUUAGGGCGAAUGUGAUGUUAGUUAUUUUAUUCCCGGUCCUUAUUUUCUAGAUAACAAUAAAAAAAUAUUUUUAUGAAAAAACGCAAUUACCUGUUUUCUCUAGUAACGCCACCUAUGAUGAGUCACUUUCAAAAAAGUAAACUAAUAGUAUUUCAGUUUUAUUCGACAAAAGUUAUAUUAUUCUCGAAUAAUAGGGACCGGGCGUUAGUCUAUUUAAGGUUAAGCAUUCCAAUGUAUAUUGUACUGUAUCUAAUGUAUAGUUUAAUAAAUAUUAAAGUUAUUGUAUAUUUCGCCUCGAGGAGGCUGGCUGACUGAGCAGUGACUGAGCAGUGAGCGCUGUAUCGUGUUGCGUGGAUUUUGAUUGUAUUUACUUUGAAUUGGUUAUGAACGAUUAUAGCUUUGUGUAUUUCUGUUUAAUCAUCAUGACAAUUGAGCUGAGAGUUGCGUUUCAAAAAAUAUUGACAAAUCAUUGUACGUUUUUAAAAAUAGAUAUACAAAACCAGUAUAAAGAAUUAUUUUUCAUUAAAAAAUAUAACCAGUGAAAGUACGCUUUAGAUAAAAAAAAAGUAUGAUAAUUUUGAAGCCAUGCGUAUGCGCAUUAAAAUAAAACACAACCAUAGACUAUUUCAAUUUAUUAUAUCUUACAAAAUUUACAGUACCUACCACUAGAAAUCAUCAGGUAAUAAAUAAACAAUAAAUAUAAAUAAAAAAUAAGUUAUGUUCGAUCCAUACUUACAUUAUACUUACUUGUAUAUAAGUUUAUGUACAUAAGUCUAGGCUUGCGGCCGAGGAAUGAAAACUUAUUGGACUUUGCUAAUAUUGUGCUUAACUUGAAGUUUAAACCUUUCUAAACAAAUGACAGAAAUAAUAAUGAAAUCGAAUGAAUAUAAAUAUCUGCUGGCCACUGUACCGUCAUGACAAAAUUUGUCGAAUGUCUGUGUCAACCUCAUAUAUUGACAUUUGUUUUUGCUCGAUUACACUAUUAUUUAUAUCACUUGUCUCAUAUCACUGAUCUCUGAAUAGACAGGCAAAUGAUAAUGCCUGGAAUUUACUCUAAAGAAAUUCUGCCUAACUUUUAUCUCUCCAAAAUAUCUACAUUAAAAUAACAUCUGAACAAACAUACCUACCUAGUGUUAAAUACUAUUAAAAUU